AUGCAGACCGAUACGAAAGCAACAUCUGGCAGUGACGUCGAGCGCGGUAGCACUGUCGCCGGCAGCAUUUCUCCGGAGACAAAGGAGGCCAGCACCACUGUGGAACAGAAAAGCCACCCGAGAGAAGGUUGGGCGUCAUGGAGAUGGCCCUGUGUUCAAACAGCUUUCAUCCUAGGAGGCAUGCUUCUUGGCUACGACGUCAGUAACAUCGCAAAUAUCCAGGCUCCCAUAUACGAAGCAUUUGGACAUGUCCAUCUCCUACCCUGGGUCGCCACGGGUUACACCGCCAGCCAAGUUUGCUUGGUUCCGCUCGUCCGCAAGCUAGCAUUUCUUGGCAACGUUAAGUUGCAGCUGGUCGUCUACAAUACGAUUUUCCUCAUUGGAGCCGCUGUUUCGGGAUCGGCCACGAGCGUGGACUCGAUCAUUAUCGGUCGUGCUGUUGCGGGCAUCGGAGGGGCUGGCAGUUACCAGCUCACCCUUCUCGUUAAUGUGCUUCUUUCUACACCCGCUGAGGUGCCUCGCUUCCAAGGUAUGAUGGCGGUAUCGUGGGCUAUUGGGCUUACGUUAGGUCCAGUUAUCGGAGGGGCUUUUGCCGAAAACCAGAACGCUACCUGGAGAUGGGCUAUGUACUUGAACCUGCCGAUUCUUGCUAGCAUUGUCCUGCUCAUCUUUGUGGCGCUGCCUCCCAUCCAUGUCGCACCAAAUAUUUCAGCUCUUGCUAGCCUCCUCGCUAUCGACUGGACUGGCGUGGUUCUACAUAUGGCUGGCUUCAUCCUCUUAUGCUUUGCCCUCAUCUUCAGUGGUUCCGCAUGGGACUGGUCUUCACACUCCGCAAUUGUGGCCUGGGUGUUUGUCGGUGUCAUUUAUGCCUCUUACUUCCUGCAACAAUAUUUCUGCCUUUUCACCAGUAAAGAAAACCGGAAUAUCCCUGCGGACCUUUUAAAGAGCAGGACAAUCUCAUUGAUCUGCUUGGGGACCUUUGCAGCUGGAAGUUGCUACGGUAUCGCCUUGUAUUACACUCCCCUAUUCUUUGCCUUCACAAAGGGGUUGGAGCCAGUACAAGCUGCCGUACGACUCUUGCCCUUCAUUUUUACUUUCAUCGUAUUCACCAUCUUCAUGGCUGGUCUUAUACCUGUCAUUGGCAGAUACGCCCCGUUUUACGUCGUUGGUGGUGCUUUGGCCAUGAUUGGAGGAGGACUCCAGUCACAGCUCACUGCCCAGAGCUCAGAGGGCCGGAUCAUGGGGGUCAGCAUUCUUAUAGGUGCUGGAACUAGAUGCAUGUGGCAGAAUGGUGUUGCCAUCUUGACGCAAAGUGUGCCUGCGAACCGACGCCUCGAUGCUACUGCCCUCUUCAUCCUGGUGCAGCUUGGCGGCAUUUCGACCACAAUUGCUUUGGCAGGUUGCCUCUUCCAUAAUGUUGGAUUCAACCGUCUCAACGCUUCACUUUCUGGACUGGGCUAUAGUGAAGACGACAUCCGUGAAGCUUUGGCUGGCCAAGAUUCCAAGAUCUGGGCCGCCGCAGACCGGAGAGUAGCUGCGCUGGCGGUGUCAGACGUUGCAAGCGUUAUUGCAAACAUACAGUACAUCAUUGUGGCCGCAGGGGCUUUGGCAUUUUUGAGCGGCUGCUUUAUGAAGUGGGAGAAGCUUGAUUUUGGGAGGACCAAGGCAGCCAAGUAA